AUGAUGAUAAGAACGUGGACAGCGCUAGCGCUGCUGCAGCUAACCCCCCUCCUCGCACCUCUGGCCCACGGCCAACCCACGUUCGACGUGCUGGACUUCGUCGACCCGCUCAUCGGCACCGCGAAUGGCGGCCACUCCUUCGCCGGGGCCACGCUCCCCUUCGGCAUGGCCAAGGCGGUUGCCGACACAGACGGCGAGAACCAAGCCGGGUUCGCCUCGGACACCACCGUCGUCACGGGCUUCAGCCACAUGCACGACAGCGGCACCGGCGGGUCGCCGUCGCUCGGCAACUUCCCGCUCUUCGCGCAGCCCAGCUGUCCCGACGACGACCUCAACCGCUGCGUCUGGCAGCAGGCCGACCGCGCCGUGGCGUGGGUGCCGGGCUCGCCGCGCGCGCGGCCGGGCUACUUCGGCCUCUCACUGGCGAACGGCGUGCACGCCGAGAUGACGGUGACGAACCGCUCGGCGCUGUACCGGUUCCGCUUCGCCGCGGGGGCCGCCCGCUCCCCCGUCAUCGGGGUCGAUCUCGUAGACCUGCCGCGCUCGCGCACCGCGGGCACGGCGGCGGUGGACCCGGCGACGGGCCGGCUGACGGGCAACGGGACGUUCAGCCCGAGUUUCGGGCUCGGGCGGUACGAGCUGCACUUCUGUGCGGACUUCCGGGGCGCGCAGGUGCGCGAUGCGGGCGUGUGGAUGCGGGACCGCGCGGGCACGGGCGCGAACCAGACGUCCGUGCGGCUGGCGCAGGACGGGACGCUGUCGGCGGGCACGUUUGUGCGGUUCCAGGCGCCGGCGGACGCGAGCGGCAUUCUGGCGCGGGUGGGCGUGAGCUUCAUCAGCGUGGAGCGGGCGUGCGCCAAUGCGGAGCGAGAGCAGCCGGAUUUCGACUUCGAGGGGACGGUGGCUGCGGCCGAGGCGGCGUGGAGGGAGAAGCUUGGGGUGGUCGAGCUCGAUGCCGAGGGGGUGUCGCCGGACCUGCAGAAGGUGUUUUGGAGCGGCGUGUAUCGCGCCAUGAUCAGCCCGCAGGACUACACGGGCGAGAACCCGCGGUGGGAGAGCGACGAGCCGUACUACGACAGCUACUACUGUAUCUGGGACUCGUACCGCGGGGUGCACCAGCUGCUGACGGUGCUGGACCCGCUGUCGCAGUCGCGCAUGAUCCGCAGCCUGGUGGACAUCUACCGCCACGAGGGAUACCUCCCGGACUGCCGCAUGUCGCUGUGCAAGGGAUACACGCAGGGCGGGUCCAACGCCGACGUGCUCAUCGCCGAAGCGUUCCUCAAGAACGUCAGCGACGUGGACUGGGCCACGGCCUACGAGGCCGUGGUCAAGGACGCCGAGGUGGAACCGGCCAACUGGGACGUCGAGGGCCGCGGCGGCCUCCAGAGCUGGAAGCAUCUCGGGUAUAUCCCGACGGACGACGAUGACUCGGAUGGGACGGGGACACACACGCGCAGCAUCUCGCGCACGGUCGAGUAUGCGUACGAUGACUUCUGCAUUGCGGAACUGGCGCAGCGGCUGGGACACACGGCCGACUACGAGAAGUACACGCAGCGCGCCUCCAACUGGCGCCACAUGUUCAAGGAAGACCAGACCUCGUCGAUCAACGGCAAGGACACCGGCUUCACCGGCUUUCUGCAGCCGCGCUAUCCCAAUGGGACGUGGGGAUACCAGGAUCCUAUUUUCUGUAGUCCGCUGUACAACUUCACCUCGUGCUAUCUCAACCCGGACGGGCAUGAGACCUACGAGGGCAGCUGCUGGCUCUACACGUUCUACGUACCACAAGACAUGGCCGCCCUGAUCGCCCAGCUGGGAGGCCCGGAAACCUUCACCUCCCGCCUGUCCUAUCUUCAUGAUUCGGGAAUCCUCUACAUCGGCGAUGAACAGGCCUUCCUCCCCGUCUUCCAAUUCCACUAUGCGGGCCGCCCCGCGCUCUCUGCCGAGCGCACGCACUUCUACAUCCCCUCGCAGUUCAACGCGACGGUCCCCGGCAUUCCCGGCAACGACGACGGCGGCGCCAUGGGCUCGUUCGCCGCAUGGAGCAUGAUGGGGUUCUGGCCCGUGCACGGCCAGGACGUGUACCUGAUCAGUCCACCGUUCUUCAAGGAGGUCAGCAUCCGCAACCCGCAAACGGGGAAGGUGGCCACGGUGCGGAACGUCAAUUUCGAUCCGAGUUAUCAGGCGGUGUACAUCCAGAGUGCGAAACGGAAUGGCAAGCCGUGGACGCGGAAUUGGAUCUCGCAUGAUUUCUUCGCCGAGGGAGGCGUGCUGGAGCUGGAGUUGGGGACGGAAGAGAGUGCGUGGGGGACGCGGGUGGAGGAUUUGCCGCCUAGUAUGAGCGAUGAGAAGUAA